GUUGUAAGAGGCAGACCGGAACCGGAGAAGGACGACAACGCUUUUUGGGAGAGUCCGCACAUACUCGAGGUUGCCAGUGUUUCGUGGCUCGCUAUGCCAUCUCUCGGAACAUUUUGAUGAAGCGAAGGCAUGCGGUGGUUGCGGCUAAUGCUUUAAAAAGUCGUUCGAUCGCUUCCCUCGGGCCCCAAAGGUGUCUUUGUUUUUACAUGCGGCGCGACUAAAUUGGAUAACAAAGGGGCGGGUGAGCAACAAGUGGAGUGUGUCGCGGAGAGGCCGACGUUUGUCACCGUCCGCAGCCAUGGAAGAGCCAAAGGAGCCCACCGGCGGCCGGGACUCGACCGAGGACGAGAGCGUGUCCCUGUCACCCAACCUGCCAUCCCCCGCCAUCAUCCUCCCGCACCAGGCCGCCCAGCAGACUCACAGAACCACCAACUUUUUUAUCGACAACAUCCUGCGGCCAGACUUCGGCUGCAAAAAGGAGCCGGGCUGCCGCGAGCGGAACCAGACGGCGGGCAGAGAAAACAUCAACCCGCUGGCGGCGAGGCCGCACGCCGGCAGCCUCUGCUUGGACUCCAACUGCAGCAGCGACAGCGCCUCGUCGUCGCCGUCCUCGUCCUCGUCCUCGUCGUCCUCGUCGUCCUCGUCCUCGUCGUCGCCCUCGUCCAAGCAGAACUCGGCCAAACAAGCCGAAGCGGCGAGCAACGGCGGCGGCAGAUACGCAGACAGCCCCUCGGCGAUCGUGGUGAUGAACGGCGGCAACGGAGCGUCGCAGCCGGCGCAGAAGGAGCAGCCCGGCAUGCUGUGGCCAGCCUGGGUGUACUGCACACGCUACUCGGACCGGCCCUCAUCUGGGCCGAGGACACGCAAACUGAAGAAGAAGAAGAGCAGCAAGGAGGACAAGCGGCCCAGGACGGCGUUCACGGCCGAGCAGCUGCAGAGACUGAAAGCCGAGUUCCAGGCCAACCGCUACAUCACGGAGCAGCGAAGACAGUCGCUGGCCCAGGAACUCAACCUGAACGAGUCCCAGAUCAAAAUCUGGUUCCAGAACAAGCGGGCCAAGAUCAAAAAGGCCACGGGCUACAAGAACGGCCUGGCGCUGCAGCUCAUGGCCCAAGGACUGUACAACCACUCGACCACCACCGUGCAGGACGAGAAGGAGGACAGCGAGUAGACGCGCACGCGCACUACUGCGACACGGACAUCGAAGUUUAUAUAGCCGCUGCAGUUAUCGUGUGGUACGCGAGUAUAUUUAAUUCACCCCCACCCCGUCUCUCAUCAACAUGCAUAAAUGUGCCCCUUCAUCUUUCCUUCCCGCACAUCGCACACUAAGAAAAGCCAAAGAUUUUCAUAUGUUCACGUGUAUGGAUUAAAAAUGUACAAUUAAAAAAAAAAAAAAAAAAAGAACAAAAGAAGAAAGAAAGAAAGAAAAGAGGAGAGAGAGAGACAGAGAGAGAGAGAGAGAGAGAGCGAGGCGAGCUCGCUGGACUUAUUCCCCCCCACCCCACCCCCCGCCCGCAUUUCGUUUUAGUUGACGCGGCUCACGGCGUUGAUGUGGUCUGGCGGCGUGUUUGCGGAGGAAGCCCAAAUAAUGCUUGAGGCCGCUCGUCGUUGUGCGCGAUGCACACGUUUUCAAUAGCGCCGCAAAAUUACAAGGGAGACCAACGUGACGGAACCAAUUAGAGGAAGCGCGAGGUUGCCAGCAUCCUCGGCAAGAUGGGAGCUCAUUUCAGAACACGACUUGCACACGUGCAAUUACAAAGGCUUUUAAAUGUCACUUCGAAAUGAGUGCAAGAUACAACUUGACGUGAAUUUGCAUUCGUUUCUCUAUUACAGAUAACGUCACAAUAAUAGGAUAUAAUUUCAAUAAUGGAUUCCCGUACAGUAAAUGCACUAGAAAAUAUCCUCCCUUGUUAUUAAAACACACUCAAGUACUGUGUGUGAACGAAAACUGUAAUAGACCUCAGGUUCGAGUUGGACCCGAAAUGCCAAACUAGAACAUGUUUUGGGAAAACGGCAUUUUCUUCAACCCGGCAACACACAGAAUUCAUCUGUUUCAUGUAAGAAAACCAUUAAAUCAGCAUCGUCUUUAAAGUGGAAAAUCAUUUGAAUAAUUUGGACUACACUAUGUGUGUGUGUGUGUGUGUGUGCGUGUGUGUGCUGUAAGUAUAGUAUAAUUUUAAAAGCAUCUGCACCCCCCCCACCCCUUCUCAUAUCUCUUAACUAUUCCAAUACAAUGAUCUAUUUAAGCGAAACGUUAUCCGUAAGAGAAACCCAAAUUAUUAUUAUUAUGAUUACCUUUUUUUUUUUAUUGAAAAGAACAGAGCUAUGUCUACAGGCUACAGCAUCGUCGACUCUGAUCUGAAUUAUUGGUAUUAUCUCCACUAUUGGAAUGUGGUCCGUACACAAAUGAUUGUGGAAAUGAGAUGAUGUAAUUAAGAGCUAACAAGCCUGCAGAAGUGUCUGCAGCAGAGAAGCGCCAUGCACUUCACGGCCCUCCGCUUUUCCGGCGCCUUUAAUUAUUUCAAGCGGUUAGUAUUGGGCUCUGCCUAUAAAGCAGCAAUUUAAUAAGCCCGCUCUGUGUUUCUAAUUGAUUUCAGUAAUGACAAACAGGGACUUGCUGCAUGCGAGUUUCUAUGCGAGUUACUCGACUGCAUUUGAAAUAUAAUUGAUAUUUCAUCGCAGAUUUCGCAGUGUUUCAGUCGCUUAUUUGCUCCAAUGGGCUUUGCGCCUGUAAAUCAGUAAGCCUAUUAUAUAGUAUAGCAGGAAACAAAAGUGAAUCCCUUUUUUGUGUGUGUCCAAUUGGAAAAGAAUACAACGCACUGCACGUACCAUUCGCUUCACCAUGCACACGAUCCAAUAAAAAAAACCGUUAUUAACAAAAAUACAUUAACAAAAUAAUAAUUAUCAUUUUUGAACGAAUGUGGGAGAAUUUAACACAUGUAGUAUGUUUAUUAUGAGGUUUUAAAUUCAGAUCGUACUGGUAAUUCAUACUAACCAAAAUAGGACAUGAUGCGCAGCAGUUACAAGAACAAAAAUAAAAACAUUACUGGAUUAAAAAAAAAUAUUUAUCGCAUCAAUCAAAAUUAUAUGGUUUAGAUCUCAUUACUGUAAAGAUGUGCCUAAUGUGGUCGUCAGUCAGUGUAUGUAUAUAUUUUAAAUUGAUCAACUGCGAUAUAAUUUAUUUGUGGAAAAACAAAACGACAGCAAAAUUAAAGUCAUGUUUCUUUGUGAGGCUCAUUGAAAAGCCUUUAGGGGGCACAAGUGAAUAUUUUCUUGUCAAUUCACUCAAAUGUGAAAAUUAAUCUCUCUCUCUCUCUUUCUCUCUCCACACACGCACACACACACACACACAUAUAUAUAUAUAUACAUAUAUAUAUAUAUAUAUAUAUAUAUAUACACACGCCUUUAAUUCACCUUUAAUUCAACCUUGAAUUCAAUAUAAACCGCCCCAAUUGUCUCUGUGUAUGGAGUGCAACGGUGCUGUCGUCAAGUGUUCAUGUCAAUUAUUAGGGAUGAAUUUGGAGGUUUCUGAUUGGAAAAGACACGUGCUCAUGCGUAUAUGCGCACACGCACACACGCGCGCGCGCACGCGCGCACACACACACGCACACACACAGGCCUUAAUGUGCCUCUAAAUUCAGUUUGGCCAUCUGGCCAGCAUGUGUGAACGGAGGUGAAAAGGCUCUUCACGGUCAGCCAAGCCCACAGCUCGAGCACUAUAAUGAUAGUCAAAUUCCCUGCUGUGAAUGCGGAAGAGGAUCUUAUGACAGUGUAUUUAAAAUUCAUACAAUUAUGAAACAGCGAGAGGACCCCCUCUAUCCCACCUUGUCAUUUAGGGAAGCCAAGGGUUUAUCUGUAAAACAAAGAAAAGCCAGGGAUCGUUUGCAUAGUUAGCGUAGUCUGCCUUGCAGGCACAAUAUGGAUUUAAUUUAUAUGCAAAUGAAAGCAAUAAAAAGGAGAAUACACACUGGAAAUCUCACAUGUUUAAAGGGGAAACGAGUUUGGAUUCAGAGCAGGUAUAGCCUCAAUGACACAAGCAAGCACAGCCAAUGAAGUCAAAGCUGACGUUAUAUAAUGUGCUUCAAGAGCACAGACAAUUGCAGAGGUUCAUCUCAAAAGAAGAGCUCUCCUCAUGACGUCUUGAGAGGAAAACGAGUUGGGCAAAAUUACACUCAAGAGUGUGGACAUGGAUGCUUGUCGUGCGCGCGAGCUCAAACACACUAAUGAACUCUGAGAAUGUGGCCGCAGCGCCAUGACCUUUGCAAACCAUUGCUAUGCCGAAACCAGUAUUUCCAUAUAUUGUACUGCAAUCCCGCAGUGUCACUAACUGCACCUUUAUGCACCGAUCUCAUACACUGAACUAGGAGAAGUGACGCACAUUGACUUCAUCGUGACAUGUUCUAACAUGCAAAUUGCUAAUAUGGGGGAUAAAAUGGAGUGGUUUGUAUCUUGUUUUUUUUUAAAGGUAGCUCCGCACAGUGAGAUUAUUGCUCAUCUCCUCUUGCAUCAACAUCCAGGAAAUGUCCACGCGACAAAUAUUUAUUAUUAGUUGCUAGAAUAGCCGUUUUAGUUCUUUGCCAGGAUAAAGGUGAGGUUUUAAAAAAAGUCUUCAACAUAUUUUCCAAAUAAUACAAACAACAAGAUACCUAGCUAUCCAAUGCAGGGGUGCAUGAUGCACAAGCAAGUACAAAACAAAAACAUAAAAAUAAAACAUUUUGGAAAAAAAAUGCACAAAUUCAGAAAAUUAGCCUGGCAAAUUCUCUAUGCCAUCAAAAUCAGGUGCGAAAUGCAAACUAUUUUUACAGGGUUGGCAAUUUGGAAUUACUGUAUGUAUAGAAGGACAUAUUACCAGAUGUCAACAAUUCUUACCAUAUGCUUUUUUUGUUGGCUGUCUUAUGUUAUAUUUUAAAGCACAAUUUGCAUUUAUAUUCAUUUCACCUGUUCCAUAUUCCAUUACAUGUUUGUUUUCUUGUAUUAUUCUCCUCUCCUAUUCUAUAACAAUUAAAGUUAUUGUACAUUACAAUUUUCAGUAAGAAAACUAAUAUCACGUGCUGUGUGUGACUAUGUGUGUGGAGGGUGUCUAAUUCUUAAACACACCUUUUCCACACUCAGUUCUAACUGUGGUCAACUUUGCUCUUGACGUACUGGCUGUCAUCAUAUCUCACACACACACAACACACACACAUGCGCGCGCACACACACACACACACACACACACACACACACACACUCAGACAAAGGGCGGCAUGGAGAGAGAACCUCCCACAAUGCAGCUGGGUGGCAGCCAUCAUUUUAGCAAGCUAAAUCCAGAUUACAUGGAGGAUUGAGGCAGCGCCACUUGUUUACUUUGCCCUUCAGGGGUGAUUGGGAUGGGGGGUAUCACUUGUGUGUAACAUUCUAACAUUGUAUUCUGGGCAAAGAGGAAACCCUUCUACCUCCAACGUGAGUGUUCUUUUGUAAGGAGCUACAUCAAAGUGAAUGCUUGUGAUUUUUCUUUUUUUCAAAAUAAGACUGUGAUGGAUUGGAAUGACAUCAAUCAAAUGGUGCACUUUGUUCCUGUGCACCAAACUCUUGUUUUGGUUAGACGCUUCAGAUUUCCCCCGACAUAAAGCAUAGCGUGUCACAGAGGAGGCGGGGCACUUAAGGGCGAGCUAUUCUGGUGUGAUUAAAAAGGAAGCGUCAGGAAAUGAGAGUGCAUCUCCAGCCGCAGCUUUGUUGGCAGACACACAGACUUUGCGUUGGCACGUUAAUCAGCGCGAGGAGUUUGACUGCAAAGUGACAUGAAGAUGCAGACGGACACAGAGAGAACUUAUGUGGAUUAAUGCUUAAAUGCAAAUGUGGGACAGGUUUAUUAACACACACGUACACAUGCAUACACCGUGAGACGCACACUGAGAACAAAGGCAAGGACACCUAGGAUUCCCUUUUCUAUGGGUGGCCAUAUGCACCUCAGCCUCUUCUUCAUGCCUUCCACAUGUGGAAGCACUUCAUCAUCCCUCUCCUCCUUUGUGUGUGUUUGCGUGCGUGUGUGCGUGCGUGCGUGUGAACCACUUUACCAAGAGAGCUUGGCGUGAGAAGAUGAUGCACCAUGAUAAGAGUAACUUUAAGCAAAGCAAAAAAACUAACUUCAUGUCAGUCCUCUUUAGCGUGAAGAACAAGUCGCGUGAAUGCCCUUUUUUUGUUUGCGUGUGUGUGUCUGUUUGAAUUUUGGACUUCAUGGGUGGCAUUUAUAUAAAUACAUAUGAAAAGGCAGAUUUACUGGCCCUGGCUGGCCGCGGUCUUGCCCUCUUCUCAUCCGUAAAAAGAAGACACACUUGUGGAGCUCUCCAAAUCUUGUCCUUCCCUUCUUCCCUCUGAAUCGUCUCUCAUCGCGGCGGGCCUGUGUUGGCGGGAGGCGAUGCGGGAAAGCGAUUAGUCAUAUUCAAUUUACAUACGGCUGUCAUGGGCUCCUCCAGGCUGAGCGCUGAUGUCAUGUGUGCGUGGGGCCCUCUGAGGCCACCCGCCAUAUGGGAAGAAAACCUUCCCUUCAUGCAGUGGGGUGAUGGUGAAGGGGGGCGUAUCACUGCUGUGGUGAUGCGAUGAUGAAUGCGGCACUUGCGUCUUUAAGUGUGCAUGCAUGACUUGUGAAGUUUGUACACGGGGUCAAAACUCUGAGAUUUAAAUGAAUUUACAGAGCAGCUGUAGGUGUUGAAUACCUUUACUGUCAUUUUGCAGACUAACGUCUCUGCAUCUGUAACAACAGCCGAAAAUAACAACAGUACUUUUUUUUUUUUUACUCAUCCUUUUGCUCAGGCAAAAUCUUCAACUAAUAAAAACACAACCUCACACUUGAGUUCAUGACUGUAGUCGCAUAAUGAAUAACAGCUAACUGAAAUGAAGAUAAAACGGCAGCACACUUGAGUUUGAUCUCUCACAAGUGUGUGUGUGUGUGCACAAACAUUCACACAUGCACACAUGCAUGCACACACACAUGCGCACACACACACACACACACACACAGGGAGAUAUCAUUAAGCUUCAGUCGGUAUAUCACAGACCACACAUCGUGCCAGCUGUGUGAUAAAAACAGUUAUUUCUGUCGGGUGUAAUUGACUUUGAAACCAUUAUGUUGACUGCAAUGUGCAUUUGUUAAGCGAAAAAAGACAGUCAAUGAAUGUACAGUACAUGCUGAACACUAACUUGUACUGUAUGUGUUAUAACAUAAUGCUGUUUAUACAAGCAUGGCUCACAAGUAAACAGUAAUGUUAGCACCAAUGCUACUGCACAACAUGCUAGGAAUCUUAUUAGUGUAGCAACAACAGAUUUGAAUCUGUGAUACUUAGUCAAUUGCUUGCUUUUAGUCCCACGAAAUGAAUCAUUCUUCAUGUGAAUACACACAAACACAAAACAACACGAGAAGAGUAAUUGCUGCUGUAAAUAGGAUUGGCCAUCAUUGGUGGGACUCACCCAAUAUGCAACGUUUUAUAGUCUUCUGUGUGGUGGCUCUUAAUAAAUAGCAUGGACUUCGUCUUUUGGAACUGUCUGUCGGAGGCUCGUCAAUAAGCUCUGUGGCUUUGUGAGGGCAGCAGACAGCAAAACAGACAGCUGACGCUUGACCCGCUGAAGAGUUCUUAGCCAUAAGUAAGCUACGAUUUUUCUAAGGACGCAAGAACGUGGCGGACCAGGCCAGAUUGCGUGCCACUGUGGAUGCUAAUAUAUUAUUUCAAUUUCAUCAAUGAAC